GAUGUAGAUUUCCCCAUAGGGUACCCAUCAUACCUUGCUCCAGAGGUGAUCGCUCAGGGCUCCUUCCACCCCAGUGACUCUUCCCAUGAUCAAGCUCCUCUGCCUUCAGGACCUAAAACUGAUGUCUGGUCGUUUGGGGUUUUGUUGUUUGAAUUAUGUGCAGGUAGACGACUGCUGCAGAAUAUUGAUAUUAGUGAGAGAUUGAAAUUCAUCCUAACCUUGGGUUGCAUAGACGACAUUGUCACUGUCCUUGCUGAGGAACAUGGUUGCCUGGAUGCCAUCAAGGUGCUGCCUGAAAAUGUCCUGGAGUUAUUAAGGAAAUGCUUGACAUUUCUUCCAUCCAAAAGGCCGACCCCUGCAGACCUGUUGGGAGACCCUGUGUUUAGUGGCGUCUCGUGCCUCUACACGCCCUUCAAGAAGCCUGUUAGUCUGUUCUCCUCCUCUCUGCGCUGUGCACAUCUGGAACUCCCAGAGGACAUCAGUGAACUCUGCAAAGGUUUGGAUUCACUGUGUGCCCCAUUUCUCUACUUAAACUUUAAUAAUGAAGCCCUGGCAUAUGCCUGCAUGUCUGCCUUCAUCCCCAAGUACUUGUACAACUUUUUCCUGAAGGACAACUCUCAUGUCAUUCAAGAGUACUUGACCGUCUUCUCCCAAAUGAUUGCCUUCCAUGACCCAGAGCUCAGCAACCAUCUAAAUGAGAUUGGCUUUAUCCCAGACCUUUAUGCUAUUCCAUGGUUCCUGACCAUGUUUACACAUGUGUUUCCACUGCACAAGAUCUUCCACCUGUGGGACACGCUGCUGCUGGGUAACUCCUCUUUCCCCUUCUGUAUCGGCGUGGCCAUAUUGCAGCAGCUCAGGGACCGUCUCUUGGCCAAUGGCUUCAAUGAGUGCAUCCUACUCUUCUCUGACCUGCCAGAAAUCGACAUUGAGCGCUGUGUUCGUGAAUCCAUCAACCUCUUCUGCUGGACUCCAAAGAGUGCUACGUAUCGACAACAUGCUCAGCCACCAAAGGCCGCUGGUGACAUUGGCUUUGGGAAAGCAGCAACAUACUACUCGUCUGACUACCAGGACAUGCCCAAGACAGACCUGUCCCGGGAGCCUCUGGCGCUGUGUGACCUGAAAGCAGAAUUAUCUCCGAGGAUCUCGGCCGAGGACCUAAUCGACCUGUGUGAGCUGUCAUUGGCCGGGCCCACCAAAAGGACCAAAGCCGGCAAGCCCAAAAUCAUUGCUGUUGACAUCCGUACUGUCGAGGACUUUAGCAGAGGCCAUAUUUCUGGCAGCAUCAACAUUCCCUUCAGCACAGCGUUCAGCCCUGAUGGUGAGCUGGUGCAGUGUCCUGCAACAGGAAUCCUCCAGAACUACAGAGGACGUGUCAUCGUGAUCAUUAGCCACGCCAUGAAAACUGCUGCUAUGUUUGCAGCACACCUGGUUAAGGUAAAUUUCCAGCGGGUUUGUAUCCUGGAUGGAGGGAUCAACAAGCUGAAGCCCACUGGAGUCCUGACUGUCCCCUCCCCUCAGAUUUGACCCCGUAUCUCAGCUUCACACGAACAACAGGGGCGAGUGUAUAUUGCAUUUUGAGCCGAUAUUGAAACAAAUUUAGACUCUUUUGAUACACAUUCAAAUCAAAUUAAACGGGUGUAAAAUGAAAAACACCAUUGUAAUCCACUUCUCAACACAAUUUGAUUUCAUCACCAAAUAUUCUUUGAGGACCCUUUUUAAUUUUUUUGUCUCCAAACAAGAAUGAUUGAAUCAGUUAUUUUUUUCUGAAUCUACUGCUAUGUGUCGUAGUUGCUUUGCACUGAUAAAUGGAGCUGCCUGUGAAUAUCUUGAUGUGUGUCAACCUGUCUGUUUUGAGCCAGUUGAUCUAAGGAACUGUGUUGUAUACUCAGUGGUCACUCUAUGAGGUACACUUGUGUGAACCAAUCCAAUUUGUUCUGCCAUAAAGCCUACUUUACUGUCUAUAAUGUUCAUUUUUUGACACUGAAAGAAAGAUGUUAUGUUUAAGUAAUGAUUAAGCCAUAGUUAAUAAUGGUGUUGAACCUGACUACAUUAUAUUCAGAGGUGACAAUAGGGAGGAAAAAGUUAUUAACACCUCACUAUAGUCCACCAUAGUAUGACCUCAGUAAUAAACAUAUAAAUGAAUUAACUAAUUUCUGACAAUUCACAACAAAACUGAACAGUUAUAAGCUUUGCAGAGGUAGAAUAUAUGGCAGAGCUGUUGUAUUAAAUUGCAUUAGAUUGUACAGGUGUACAAAAUCAAGUGGCCACUGAGUCUGUUUGUGUUCGAAACGAUAGAAAUAAGUCAGUGAUUUGUGCAUUUGAUGAUUUAAUAACUUUGCCAUUACCUUGUUUACCUGUCACUGAAUUGUCCCUACUAGAUUUUGUAAUGUAUGUAUUUGUUCUGCCAUAGAAAUUGGUUUCUAUCAUGUUACAGUUGUUUUUAAUAAAACUAUCUGAUGAAUAAUCUGGA